UCAGCCACACACGCAACGCAACGCACGCCACUCCUCUGCAACACGUGGGGAGAAAGAUGGACGUCGCUGGCGAGCCUCGGGAAAAGUCGACGACCGCCCUCCGUCCGAGCGACGCUUUGAUCGCAGAUACUGCCACCACCGCAACCGCCACCACCGCCACCACCACCACCACCACCUUCGCGAGCGGCGACUCAACGGCGACGGCGUUCGGCGACGGGAAGUGGCAGGAGGUGUCGGAGGGCGCCACCAUCGGCACCUCCGGCCUCUCGCUCAGCGCGCUCCCGGAGCGGCUCGAAGGGUCCCCGCGGUGGACGCGCGACGGCGCGGAGGUCGCCUUCGACGAGUCUCCCAGCGACGCGCUCGAGUCGCUAGGGUGGGAGACGCCGUCGGCGGGGCUGCCGGAUUCCCGCUCCAUCACGGGAAACUUGCCGAGGCCACCGGCCCAAGCGGAAGAUUCACCAGAAUUGCCUCGGCCGGUGACGCGUUGUCAACCGCUGUCUCGCGAGAACGGCGCUGCUGCUGCUGCCACUGCUGGUUCAGGUCACAGGUCACCGUGCGGUGAUAGCCGCAAGCCCGAUCAUCGUGCCACCACUCCUGGCUGUGGCAGCGGUGCCGAGUACGCGCGAAGGCCGGCGCCUCCCCCCGUCGAGUCAGCGAGGAACUCGGAGUUCCAUGGAGCCCGGGCGAGCUCGGUGUUCUUCCGCGGGGAGUCGCUCCGCCUGGAGCCCCGCGGCCUGGAGCUACUCAGGGUGGAGUUGGACACCGCCAAUGCGCACAACGAGGCGCUCCAGGAGAGGCUGCGGGAGGCGGACGAGGAGUUGUCGGCGUCGCGCUGCGGCCUGGAGCUCGAGGUGAAGCAGAUGGAGGCGAGGGUGGCCGAGAAGGCUGCAGUGCUGGUGGACGAGAUCCUGGUGGCGCAGCGACAGAGAGACGAGGCGAUGCUGUCGCGGGUUCACACGGCCGAGGAGGAGCGGGAGGCGGCCGUGGAGAGAGCCCGACGCUUGGAGAAGGAACAAGCGGAGAUAUUUGAUUACAAUUGUGAGCAACUCGACUUGGCCGUGGAAGAAUUGCUGGAGGGCGUCCGCGAGGCGAACUCCGGCCGCGACAUCGAGCGCUACGGAGCGGCCCUGGUGAGCCGCAUCCGCAAGGGGCAGGCGCGACGCGACCGCAUCACGGCGGAGGAGAUGCGCGCCGUUGUGGCCGAGCGAGACGACGCCAUCGCCCGGUGCAAAACGCUCGACCAGGAGCUGAGCCACGCGAAGGGGGAGCUGAGCGCCCGCGCCUCCUCGGGACAGACGAACGACCCCGAGCAGGAGCUCAAGAUUGCGCUGUCGACUGCUCAAAGGGAGAGAGACGCGGCCCUGAAACGCUGCCACAAGCUGCAGAAAGAACUGCAGCAGCUCCACACCUACUCCAGCAGCUUCUGCAGCUCCGCUUCCCAGGGUCACGCUCGGAGCGCCCAGGGGGUCGAAGGGACCGCCGCGAACGAGGCAGCAGCGCCGCCUGACCCCUCCAGCGAGGCCUGGCGUAGGAGCCACAGUCUGUCCUCUCGUCUGGAGCAGGCCCUCUCCGAACGCAUGGGGCUAGAGGCUCGGCUCAGGCGAGCGCUGAGUCUCAAAGCCGAGAGCGCUGCCCAUGCCGACAGGUGACGCGUCCGAGUCGUUGGCGUGCACGAGUUGAAGUCAUCGCUUCGUCUCCACGGUGGCCGUGGAUCUCGAGAGAGAGAGUGCGCGGCCCCCCGCUUUGGCUGCCACUUGCACCGUUCGUCUUGACCAGCAACGUUCAUCACCCCUCGUAACGACGACGAUGGUGUAAAUUACCCAUGCCCACUCACCCUGAAGUUGCCGUCUUGUGUAUACAUUCAGCGACCAAAAACCGACGUCAAGUGAAUGAUUAUGAAGCUAUCUUAACAACACAACGACAAAUGUACUAAAAAAACACAGCUUUUUGCGCAAAAACAAAUCAGGGAACUGCUGAUGGUGUUUGCAUAAUGCACAAAAGGCCGAGUCCAUUUUGUGCACGUUUCUAACUGAUGUUGUUGUUGUUGUCUCUAACUUGCGUUUUCUCUCAUGUGCUCCUCUUACUGCCGGCACUUCCCAAUGCCAAAUUCCACGCGUGCAUUUCCAAACUUUGCGAACGCCUCCAACUUUUGUUCCACACUCGUCGACGUUCACGUUUCCGAUGCCCUACACGCCAUACGCCUGGCAACCCUGCACCGAUUGGAAACUUAUUCUUAGGUUUUUUCGGUAAAGUCACGUAGGU